AUGAACCGCCUGACAGAACCUGCACUGAUUCGUUUGGAUGUGGAUUCCAAGCUCAGUGAUCAGAUCAAGCUGUCAUUCUUCCACCUGCGUGUGGAUGACAAGCCGGCUCUGCUGCUCCACCUCCUGAGGAAUGUAGUGAAGCCUCAGGAACAGACAGUGGUCUUUGCUGCCACCAAACACCAUGUGGAGUACCUAAAGGAGCUGCUGUCGUCAGAAGGUUUAGAGUGUGCCUACAUCUACAGUGCCCUUGAUCAGACCGCCAGGAAGAUCAACAUUGGGAAAUUUGUGCAUCGGAAAGCCAUGGUGCUUCUGGUGACUGAUGUUGCUGCUCGUGGUAUAGACAUCCCCCUGCUGGAUAAUGUCAUCAAUUACAACUUCCCCUCCAAGGCUAAACUUUUCUUGCACAGAGGUGGUGAGCAGCUGUGUGCAGAACGAACAAAGUGA